AUGAAGGCGGUCCUACCGGGAAAGCCCGAAGCCAGCCUCCAAGGUCUGUCGACGGGCUACUGGGAUGGGAAGCGCGUCGUGGUGUACAUCAGUGGCAACGCCCUCACCAUCCUCUCCGACCCCGAGACCAUCUUGCAGACCAUCUACGAUGACGACGAGCGCAAGCUGGAGGCCGUGGCCUUUGACGAGUUCUCGGGAAAGAUAGCCGCCUCGACCGGGUCUACGGUGAGGAUAUACAAGCCGUUUGACGGCGAGCAAAGGUGGGCACUGCAAUCAUCGCUAGAGAUCGACGAUGCCUCAACGCCGGCGACGCUCUCCUGGGGGAGCUCCGAGGAGCUCCUCAUCGGCCGAGGCUCUCUGUGGCUUUACAACACAGCAUCCACAACCCCCUUGUGUCACUGGCGAAAAGAGCUAGCUGCACCGGCGAAGAUAGCGGCCUUGUCGUACGAUUCCGCCUAUAUAGCCUCGGUAGGAUACAAUGACCGACUGGUCAAGGUCUGGCGCAGGCUGCAGUUCGGUUCCGACGAGGUACACUUCGACUUUGGCUACCUGCCGCACCCGCGUGCUGUCACGAGUAUGCAAUGGCGUAAACCCUUCCACGUGGACCAGACAAUCGAGAACGUUCUCUACACCUUUUGCGUGGACAACUACAUGCGCGUAUGGACUGGUGCGGACGGGCACGGUUGCGAAACGCUCCGCCUCUGGGGCAAAGUAAACCUGACGACCGCCAUUCAGGAUGAAACUCUGGCUCGGAAGCCCGGCUCGGAUCUGCGAUGGGCCUUCAUCAUCAGUCAACGAGAUCUUGCUACGGCCACGGAGAAGGCCGUACAAGAAAAGGGGGAUGGCCAGGAAAAGGAUGUUGCACUCCAGUACCUCAUCUCCAUCGCCAACAGAGAUACUGAGAUAUGCAUGGUGCUGGACGGCCGGGGCAACAUGGCAGCGUAUGCUCUGGAGGACGUCAGCAGCAAGUCAAAGAGUGCCAACCACAUUGACAAUGUCGCCCUCGCGAAAUCCAAAGACUUCGACUUCACCUCUGGUUCUGAUGGCGAGUUGCAGCAUGUUGAGAUCGUCAAUUAUUGCAAUCGAGGCUCUGGUCACUUGCACGUGCUGUUUCACCAUUUUGACGGGAAGGUGGAGGUGUUCGAGAGCAAUAUAGCGGAUUUGCUCGAUCCCACGUCAAAACCCGGGCGCCUGAACCACAAGGCUACAUGGUCCGGUCAUUCCGCUUCCAUCAAGAAGAUUGUGCGCAACUUCAGUGGCCGCGCCAUCGUCUCGAGGACCGAGGAGAGCGAGAGUAUAGUCUGGAAACACGCCGCAAAUCCGAAGGAAACCAGACUUCUCCGUCAGAGCAUUAUUCCCGAGAAGAGGCAUAUCCACAGAAUAUGUCUUCUGAGGGGCGGCAGCUUUGUUGUCUUUCUGCACCAUGACACCAUUUGCUUGUGGGACUGUCGGCAUUCGACCCCAAAGCUGCUAGCGGAGAGCAAGUAUAAACUAUCUGGAAAACCUCUCUGCAUUCUCGUCCUACCACGCCAUAGUGUGAACGAGGUUUCGGUGGCCCAUAUUGCCACGGUUACUUCGGAGCACCAAGGUAUCGUGUGGGAGUUGAACCUACCUAUCCAAUCCCAUCAGAAGAAAGCGCCACAGGUCAACGGUCAUACCGGGGACUUCGCCGCUAUACAAGAGUUCUGUACGUUUGACUUGGAGGGCGCCGGUGAUCUUGCCUAUGUGCUGCCGGUGGACCCGGCCGGUGCCUCGCCGGUGAUAUCCGGGUUCCUUGAUGUGUUUGCUCGGGAUGUCGCUGUCUCUUACACCCAUGAAGGUAGAGUAGAGUUCUGGACAGCCCGAGUAGACAAAGAACGCCAGCGUGUGGAGUGGCUAUCGACAUCGUCGAUGGAGACAGGCGUCUCCAAGCCAGCGCUAGUUAGCGGUAGUACCAUGAAGAAGGCGGCUCUCGUCAACGCGAACAGGUCAGAGGUGACCAUCUGGGACAUUAGAGGCGCCCAACUUGAAUAUGCCCAGGAAUUCGAGAGCCACAACACUGUGCAGGACCUGGACUGGACGUCAACACCGGACUCGCAGUCUAUACUAGCAGUUGGCUUCCCGUAUAGGGUAGUUCUGCUUUCGCAGAUGCGCUUCGACUAUCUCAACAAAGGCCCCGCGUGGGCACAGAUCCGGGAAAUCAGCAUUCGAGACUUUACGCCCCACCCUAUAGGCGACUCGACCUGGUUAAGCGGCGGCAAUCUCGUGAUCGGCGCCGGAAAUCAGUUGUUCAUGUACGAUCGCAUGUUCGAGGCGCAAACCUCCUCGGUUACAGCCUCUCGCUUGCCGCCGCGCAAAGACCGGCUUAGGGACGUCUUUGAGGUUGUACAGCGACUCAACGGCCCCUUGCCGGUCUUCCACCCGCAAUUUCUCAGUCAAUGUAUGCUUUCUGGGAAACAUUAUCAAGUAAAGCGGUUAUUGUUGGCCCUCAAUCACACUUUGAAAUAUCAUGUCGAAGGCGACCCGAUAGAUGACUAUUUGGGCCUUGAUGUGGCUGAGUUCUAUUCGGACGGUGACACUUCAUCAAGGACCAAUGGAGGCGAACCCGGGUACCUUAUGCGUCGUGUAUCACUCGACGACAGUGAGGAGGCCUUCACCGAGGAUACCGCAGUAUCCAUCGGCGAAAGGCUACAAAAGAUUGCCUUGCCCCAACUAUCUGGGCAUGAACAGAUCCAAUUGAUCGAUAUAGUUGAGUGUGUCGGCAUGGUGGAAAAGCAACGGCGCUCCAUGGACGAGAAUGGCGCGCGUUUCAUGCUUUUCUUCCGACAGCAUGCUUUACAUAAGCGCAGGACCAAUGAGAUGCACAUGUCCUGGCGGGAGAUCAACUGGGCAUAUCAUUCAACGAGUCAGGACAUCUUGACAGAUUUCGUUUCCCGCCAAUAUCACGGGACGAUGUUAUGGGAGAAUGCUCGGGAAAGCGGCAUCUUCAUGUGGCUUGCCGACACUGCUGCAGUGAAAGCCCAGUUUGAGAUUGUCGCCCGGAAUGAGUACACCAAGAGCGAGAUGAAAAACCCAGUUGACUGCAGUCUGUUCUACCUUGCACUCAAGAAGAAAACCGUUCUUCAGGGCUUGUGGCGCAUGGCAACCUGGAACAGAGAGCAGGGCGCUACACAGAAGUUGUUGGCGAAUAAUUUCGAAGAUCACAAGUGGAAGACUACCGCUCUCAAGAACGCAUACGCCUUGCUCAGCAAGCGACGUUUCGAAUAUGCCGCCGCCUUCUUCCUCCUUGCAGAUCACUUGCAGGAUGCUGUAAACGUGUGCCUGAACCAGAUCAAAGACCUCCAACUUGCUAUAGCGAUUACUCGGGUCUACGAGGGGGAUAAUGGGCCGAUUCUACGAAAACUCCUCGAGAACGAGGUCCUUGCCAUCGCUGCACAGGAGGGUAAUCGUUGGCUGGCCUCAUGGGCGUUCUGGAUGCUGAGGCGCCGUGAUAUGGCAGUGCGCGCCUUGAUCACCCCAGUAUACACACUCCUCGAAACGCCUGUCUCGCCCGACCUCAAGGCGAAGCUAUUCUUGACUGACGACCCAGCCCUAGUGGUGCUCUACGCGCAACUGCGGCAGAAGACGCUACAAACCCUGCGUGGCGCCGCAAAGGUCACGCCCAAGACGGAGACCGAGUUCGUGCUCCACAACGCCCGGCUGUACGACCGCAUGGGCUGCGACCUGCUGGGGCUGGACCUGGUGCGGAACUGGGAGUUCCUCCGCCCGCCCAGCACGGCGGAGAGCGGGCUCGGAGGUGACAUCGUGGACCCGCGGAAGAUGCUGCGCCGGCGGAGCUCGCUCGUCGUGGCGGACCUUCCUGUCAGCCCCAUCACCGGGGAAAUGAAGACGGGCGGCAAGGAGAAGCCCAAGAAGGAGCCAACUGUAUUUGAGGAGCCCGAUGCCGGUAGUCUGUUGGAUAGCUUCGGGUUUUAA